ACCCCCACCCCCACACGCUGGUUCGAGAACCCACUCUUUUUUCUUUUAAAAUCCUUCUAUUUCCACUCUGUUUUCCUUAUUAUAGCAAAUUGCAGUGCUAACAUAAAGUAAAGUAGAAAAAUAUGUUGCCGCUAAAAUUCGCCGUAGCGGUGUUUUUAGUGGUAUUAAUUGGGAAUUCUGUUGUAGCAGAAGAUCCUUAUAGAUAUUUCGAUUGGAAUGUCACUUAUGGAACUAUAUAUCCUCUCGGAGUUCCUCAACAGGGAAUUCUGAUUAAUGGUCAAUUUCCUGGUCCUGAUAUCAACUCGGUCACCAAUGACAAUCUCGUUAUCAAUAUCCACAACAGCUUGGAUGAACCUUUUCUACUUUCCUGGAACGGAGUACAAAACAGAAGAAACUCAUUUGUAGAUGGAGUAUAUGGAACAACAUGCCCAAUACCGCCAGGGAGAAAUAACACAUUCAAUCUACAAGUGAAGGAUCAAAUAGGGAGUUUCUAUUACUUCCCAUCUCUUGCAUUCCACAAAGCUGCUGGUGGUUUUGGAGGGAUUAGGAUUCUCAGCAGGCCUAGAAUCCCCGUCCCUUUUCCGGACCCUGCAAACGACUACACCAUCCUCAUUGGAGAUUGGUACAAAAAGAACCACACGGACUUGAAAGCAAUUCUUGACGGAGGCAGGAAGUUACCUUUCCCUGAUGGCAUUCUUAUCAAUGGUCGUGGUCCUAAUGGUGUUACAUUCACAGUCGAUCAAGGGAAAACCUAUAGAUUGAGGAUAUCAAACGUUGGAUUGCAAAAUUCAUUGAAUUUCCGCGUUGAAGGACACAAAAUGACAUUAGUUGAAGUAGAGGGAACACACACAUUGCAAACAACUUAUUCCUCACUUGAUGUCCAUGCUGGCCAAUCUUACUCUGUCCUCAUUACAGCUAAUCAAGAAGCAAAAGACCAUUACAUCGUUGUUUCAUCUCGUUUCACGACUCCAGUCCUCACCACCACUGCUGUACUUCACUAUAGCAGCUCUAACACCCCCGUCUCUGGUCCUCCUCCUGGUGGACCUACCAUCCAAAUCGACUGGUCCCUUAAUCAGGCCCGCUCCAUCAGGACAAACUUGUCAGCAAGUGGACCAAGGCCAAACCCACAAGGUUCAUACCAUUACGGUAUGAUCAACACAACUAAAACCAUCAGACUUGCUAGCUCUGCUGGUCAAGUGAAUGGCAAACAGAGAUAUGCUGUCAACAGCGUGUCGUUUGUGCCACUUGAUACUCCUCUAAAACUACUCGACUACUUCAAGAUUGGCGGAUUCAGAGUUGGAAGCAUACCUGAUUCCCCAACUGGUGGAGGAAUUUACCAAGACACGUCUGUUCUAGGUGUUAAUUACAGGCAAUUCAUUGAGAUUAUAUUCGAAAAUAAUGAGGACAUCGUCCAGAGCUGGCAUCUUGAUGGCUACUCUUUUUGGGUUGUAGGGAUGGAUGGAGGCCAGUGGACUCAAGCUAGUAGGAACGGAUACAACCUUCGUGAUGCAGUUUCACGUUGCACAACUCAGGUCUAUCCCAAGUCAUGGACCGCGAUAUACAUUGCAUUGGACAAUGUAGGAAUGUGGAACCUGAGGACUGAAUUCUGGGCACGACAGUACCUCGGUCAACAACUAUACAUGAGAGUUUACACAGACUCAACCUCAUUGAGAGACGAAUAUCCAAUUCCAAGAGGCGCUCGUCUUUGUGGCAAGGUGGCUAAUCGGCACACACGACCACUUUAAAGCAAAUUCUGCAAUUCUAGUAGAGGAUAAUUUAAUUUUAUACAAUCCUUUUGUAUUAUUUGAGUUUAGAAGUAAUGCCUUGUUACUACUAGUAGCUGCUAAAAUGACCUUAGCUCAAGGUCGCAUUCUUUCUUCAAUUCCACGAAAACAUUAUAUUUUGUUCUUUCCUCAUUGUUGUAGUUACCUUAAAUUAUGAUAAAUGAAGUGCAUUUUGAAU